AUGUACAACCUCAACGUGGCCAACACGGCCGGUAAGAUUGGCGGCAAGGUCGGUCAAGCGGUGGCGGUGUAUGCCAAUGGAACGGACUACGGUUUCUACGCCUGUAACUUCUCAGGCUACCAGGACACGUUGUGUGCUCAAAGCGGCCGUGAGCUCUAUGCCCGGACGCUGAUUCGUGGUGCAACCGACUUCAUCUUCGGCAAACUCGCUCAAGCCUGGUUCGAGAAAUGUGACAUCGAGACCAACCCGUCCUGGUACGUCUUUAACCACGCACAUGUGUUCACCGCCAAUGCUUCCUUGAAUGGGUCCACCUACCUCGGUCGUCCGUGGCGUCCAUACUCUCGUGUCGUCUUCCAGAACAGCGAACUUGGUGACGUUAUCCACCCGCAAGGCUGGAAGCGUUGGAACAAUGACACCAACACUGAUAAUAUCUACUACAAAGAGUUUAACAAUAGUGGGCCUGGCUCUGCAAUCGAACAGCGAGUCCCCUUUAGUGGCCAGCUGAAUGAAGCUGUGGCCAUUUCCGACAUCUUCGGCGAGAACUACACGUCUGAGUGGUGGGUUGACAAUAAAUAUCUGUAA